GUUUUGCGUGUUAUUUGUUCAUUCAUUUUGCCUUGUUCGAAAUGGAAAGGGUAUGUUUUCUUCGAGUCCCCCAUCAACGGAGAAGAAAGCUUGGGUAUCCUGUGUAAAUUGCUCUACAGGAAACCCAUGUAAAUUAUUUUGGCAUUCCCAGUCCCACUCACUAUCGACUUUUCAAGAUGGCGGAAUUUUUGUGACAACUCGGCUCUCGUGCUUCUGUCUUGUAGUAUACUUACCAUUAAAGAAUGGCCACUCAACACGCUGCUACAGAGAGGCUAGGCGUCAGUGUGUAUAUUUUGCAGGGAGAAGGCAGAGAAAUCCCCGAGUGUCCUCACGGUCCAAUGCUGCUCUUUGAGCGGUUCUUCAAGGAUGGUCGUGAACCUCGUCUGUUCUUUGCCUGCUCUGCGUGUAGGGAUAGAAAGGCCUGCUCAUUCUUUCAAUGGGAGGAUGAGACAUUGUCUGACGUGAGGAAGAAAGCUCACCAAGACAUCAUUACAGCGUCAAGACCUAAUGAGCAGCAACUGAAGAUUGACAAAGAGUUGAGAGCAAUGAUGGAGCACAAAUCAAAGGAGUGUAGCUGGUUGUAUUGUCACAGUUGUGAUGUACUGGUUACUAGAAAGACCCCUCAGCAUAUUGGCCACGAUGUCACUGAGGGCCAGACAUUAAGUGAACUGAGAAAACCAAGCAUUAUCUUAAAACCACUUCAGAACCAGAAGGUUCAUGCUCAAUACCUGUUUUCAGUGAAAGCAACUACAUUCAUAGUAAAUACUAUAAAGAAAUUGGAAUUCAAGAAAGUGUUGUGCCUUGGUACACCAAGAAUACAUGGUAUGAUACAAUGCACAACAGAAGCUGAAUCUUCACUUGACAGUCUUCUGCUUGAUAUAGACCAUAGAUAUGGCAUGUUUAAUCUCCCAUCAAAAUUUUGCUGGUACAACAUGUUCAACCAUCAUUUCUUCAACAACAACAAAAGUGAGCAACAGUUUAACAAGUUCCUCGAGAAUGCUGAUGAAGAGGAAAUUGUUAUGAUUAUGGACCCGCCAUUUGGUGGUUUGGUUGAAGUUCUUGGUGCAACUCUUCAGAAGAUUUGGAAACUGUGGAGGACAAACUCAUCUGCCAAAGAUAAUAAAAAAGAAAUGGCUACAAUGUUCAUAUUCCCUUACUUUAUGGAGACACAGAUACAGGCUGCACUACCAUCCAUGAAGAUGCUAGAUUAUAAGGUUGACUAUGACAACCAUCCUCUUUUCAAAGACAAAAAGGCACAUGGCUCCAAGCGUGGAUCACCCGUCCGCAUCUUUACAAACAUUCCGGCAGCAAAUGUGAAGUUACCAAGCAAGGAUGGGUACAGAUUUUGCAAACCUUGCCAGCGUUAUGUAUCAGCUGAGAAUUACCACUGUUCAAAGUGUGAUGCUUGUACUUCUAAGGAUGGCAGACGAUAUGUUCACUGUGAAGAUUGUGUGGCAUGUGUUAAGCCAGGUCACGUGCACUGCUUUACUUGUAAAAGGUGUGAGCCGCCAGGCCAUGAAUGUAACAGAAAAGUAUCCACCGGAUGUCACAUCUGCGGUGAAGAUGGACACAAAAGAAGAGACUGCCCUCAGCGAAUCAAGACAACGUCAUCACAUGCAAACGGCCAGCCCCAAGGACCCGGGAAGUCGCCAGGGAAACGCAAGAAGCAACCGCGCAAGUCAGCGAAGAAGAAAAAGCAAAAGACAAACUAAACAUUUGUUGGAUUUAAGAAAAUAAAAUUUAUACUUUUUGUGAA